CUGUUAUAACAGAAAGCUCGCGGAAAAAUUUGGAAGCGGCGGAAAAGUACGAUACGCGCUAUUGCAAAAGGCGGAAGAGGAUUACGUCCGCGACCUUGUCUAUUUAUAUUACAUAACUUAGAACAGAGUGAGGAGAACUGCUACGAGAUGUCUAACAAAGUGCUGCGAAAGGUAACGCACUGCAUCUUUGACAUGGACGGCCUGUUGCUGGACACGGAGAAAAUAUAUGAGGAGGUCACCCGGCAAAUAGCCGCCUCUUUUGGACGUCCAUAUCCGGUGGACGUGCGAUUCCGGGUUAUGGGCACCACGGAGCAACGCUCAGCAGAGAUAGCCGUCACAGAGUGCCAGCUUCCCAUCACACCAAAAGAUUUCCUCAAGCAAUACUCAAAACUUUGCCACGAGCGACUCCACAAUGUUCCCCUGCUGGAAGGUGCUGAGCGCCUGUUGCGUCAUCUGCACGCCAACAAGGUGCCCUUUUGCUUGGCGACCAGUUCCGGAGCCGACAUGGUCGAACUAAAGACCAACGAACAUCGGGAGCUGUUCAGUCUGUUUAACCAUAAAGUGUGUGGUUCCACGGAUAAGGAGGUAGCAAAUGGCAAGCCUGCGCCCGACAUUUUCCUGGUGGCCGCCUCCAGAUUUUCUGUGGCCCCCAAAGCCUCCGACUGCCUGGUCUUCGAGGACUCUCCAAACGGUGUCACAGCGGGAAAUAGUGCUGGAAUGCAGGUAGUAAUGGUGCCUGAUCCGAGGCUGUCCCAGGAGAAGACCUCCCACGCUACACAGGUGCUUGGCUCCUUGGCAGACUUUAAGCCAGAACAAUUUGGACUGCCUCCGUUCAAGGAUUGAGCUUAACUCCGAUGUACUUUUUGAAGCCAGGCGAUGCUAUUGCUAUAACUGGAAAUUGAUGUACCUAAAAACAAAUGAUUUUAAGUGUAAUGUGUUACUUGAUAUACACGUAAUUGUGCAUAUA